AUGGAACAUCAAGAAUCAACAACUGCUACUGCAUUCAUUGAUGUAAAACAGGAUGAGCCAGCAUCUGCUUUUCCCACGAAUGCAACAGAAAAUCGACGUAUGAACAUGCAAAAUGCCCUCCUGAUUUGGUUGGACAACAGCAUUGACAGUAAUAAUGCUGAUUGUAAUAAUAUAAUCAAACAAUUGAAACGUGUUGUUAACAACGUAAACACAUUUACAGAUGGUGAACAAUAUGUUGAAUUUAUUCAAACCAUUACUAAUAACAAAGUAUGCAUGAUUGUUUCCGAUUCACUUGGACAGCAUAUUGUGCCUAAUGUACAUCAUAUGUCUCAAAUAGAUACCAUUUUUAUUUUUUGUAAUACCCAAGAAUCACAUGAGCAAUGGACCAAAGAAUGGCCUAAAAUAAAAGGAGUCUUCACAGAUAUUACAUCAAUCUGUGAAGCUCUGAAACAAGCUGCUCAGCAAUGUGAGCAAAAUGCCAUCUCAAUCAGUUUUGUAGCUUCAGAAAAGGAAUUCGAUCAAUUAGAUUCAACCUUUAUAUAUACUCAGAUCUUGAAAGAGAUCUUAUUAACCAUCAAGUUUGAAGAUGAACAUUUCAAAGAAUUUAUUGCUUAUUGUCGUGGUAUAUACGAAGAUGAUGAAAAUGAAUUGAAAAAUGUUAAUCAAUUACAAACAACAUACAAAGACAACACACCCAUAUGGUGGUAUACAAGGAAUGCAUUUUUAUAUUCGAUGCUGAAUCAAGCAUUAAGAUCAAUGGAUGUUGAUAUGAUCAUUCGAAUGGGUUUUUUUGUUAAUGAUCUACAUCAUGAUAUUAAACGACUCCAUUCGGAACAAUUUGAUGGUGAACCAUCAGGUAAAACAUUUACCGUUUAUCGUGGACAAGGUCUUUCAAAAGAAGAUUUCAGCAAUAUGACAAAAGCUAAAGGUGGACUUAUUUCAUUUAAUAACUUCUUAUCGACUGGUAAAAAUCGUGAUAUGUCUCUGACACUUGCCCAACAAGCUGCUACAAAUCCUGAUCUUGUUGGAGUUUUAUUUAUUAUGUCCAUUGAUCCUACUGUGGCAACAACUCCAUUUGUUUCUAUUAGUGGUGUUAGUUAUUUUCAUACGGAAGAUGAAGUUCUCUUCUCCAUGCAUAGCAUGUUUUCCAUUGGAGAUAUUAAACCAAUAGAUGAAAACAAUCAUCUCUAUCAAGUGAAUUUAACAUUAAACAAUGACAACGACCAUGAUCUUCUUACUCUUACAGAUCGUAUUCGGCAAGAUACCUUCCCAGGAUCGAAUGGAUGGUACAGAUUAGGUCAAUUGUUAAUUAAAAUGGGUCACUUUACUAAGGCUCAAGAAGUUUAUGAAGAGUUAGUUCGUCAAUCAAAUGAUGAAAGUGACAAGGCAUCUAUUUAUCAUCAACUAGGUGGGAUUAAAAACAAUGAAGGAGAAUAUGAAGAAGCACUUUCUUAUUAUGAAAAAGCACUUGCUAUCUAUCAAGAAACACUUCCUGCUAAUGAUAUUACUUUGGAUAAUAUCUAUAACGACAUCGGUGUGUUGUAUCAUAGCAUGGGUGAUUAUCUAAAAGGACUUUCAUUUGAUGAAAAAGUCCUUGAAAUCAAACAACAAUCACUUCCGUCCAAUCAUCCUGAUUUGGCUACGUCCUAUAACAAUAUGGGUAAUGCAUAUUCAAAAAUGGGUGAUUACCCCAAAUCACUUUCUUAUUAUGAGAAAGCUUUUGAAAUUCGACAACAAUCACUUCCUCCUAAUCAUCCUGAUUUUGGUGCUUCCUAUAGUAACCUUGGUAUGGUGUAUGAAAGCAUGGGUGACUACUCAAAAUCACUUUCUUAUUAUGAAAACGCCCUUGAAAUUCGACUACAAUCACUUCCCCCCCAAUCAUCCUGA